GCGCGCCCCCGAGAAGGAGCGAGUACAAACUACAGUGUAAGGAGCAUCUCGGACGCGGCGGAGAGCUUGGACCGUUUCUCCUGAACGAAUCGCACACACCGGCUCGAAACAGAUGUUGUGACCUUCAGGCACCUGGAGGUUUGACCUCUUGCUACCACACACGUCAAAAAUAGUUCUUAAAGUCAGGGCACCUUGGUUCGUUUCGUCUUCCUGUUGGAUUAUAAACCGUCUUUUCACUCUCGGGCCUGGGGGAACUCUUACUGUUUGGGAGAUCCUAGCUGACGUCUUUCAUGCGAUAAUGGACACGGUCGUAGUCACAGAAAAAAAGAGAGUCAGCUCGGAGCGCAGGAAAGAGAAGUCAAGGGAUGCAGCGCGCUGUCGGAGGAGCAAGGAGUCGGAAGUGUUUUACGAGCUGGCACACCAGCUUCCCCUGCCUCACAAUGUCAGCUCGCACCUGGACAAGGCGUCCAUCAUGAGGCUUACCAUCAGCUAUCUCCGCAUGAGGAAGCUGCUUAGCACGGCUGGGGACAUGGAGGAGGAGUCUGAAAUGGACUCUCAGCUUAACAGCUUCUAUCUGAAGGCUCUGGAUGGGUUUCUCAUGGUGCUGUCUGAGGAUGGAGACAUGAUCUAUCUCUCUGAAAAUGUCAACAAGUGCAUGGGCCUCACCCAGUUUGACCUGACUGGACACAGUGUUUUUGACUUCACACACCCUUGUGACCAUGAGGAGAUGAGAGAAAUGCUCACAUACAGAACAGGGUCCUUAAAGAAAGCGAAGGAGCAGAACUCGGAGCGUAGCUUUUUCCUCAGAAUGAAGUGCACGCUGACCAGCCGAGGGCGGACUGUCAACAUUAAGUCCGCCACAUGGAAAGUGCUGCACUGCACAGGCCACAUCCAGGUGUACGAGAGCAGUGAUGGACACAACAACUGUGGCUACAAGGAACCCCCAAUGACGUAUUUGGUGUUGAUUUGUGAACCCAUUCCUCACCCUUCCAACAUUGAAGUCCCACUCGACAGCAAGACCUUCCUCAGCCGUCACAGUCUGGACAUGAAGUUCUCCUACUGUGAUGAGAGGAUCACAGAGCUGAUGGGGUACCAGCCUGAGGACCUCCUAGGGCGCUCAGUUUAUGAAUACUACCAUGCCUUGGACUCCGACCAUCUUACCAAAACACAUCAUGACUUGUUUGCAAAAGGCCAGGCCACAACUGGACAGUAUCGAAUGCUUGCCAAGAAAGGAGGGUUUGUUUGGGUGGAGACACAGGCCACUGUCAUUUACAACACCAAGAAUUCCCAGCCCCAGUGCAUUGUGUGCGUUAACUAUGUGCUUAGUGGGGUUGUGCAGGAAGAUCUGGUGUUCUCGCUGGGUCAGACGGAGAGUGUGUUAAAACCUCUGGAGAGUCCCGACGUAGAGAUGCCCAAAAUUUUCACCAAGGCGGAGGAUCUCGAGAGCAGCAACACCCUAUUCGAGAAGCUGAAGGAGGAACCUGAAGCCUUGACUCUUCUGGCCCCUGCCGCUGGAGACACUAUAAUCUCCCUGGACUUCACCAGCUCAGGCGAGUUCGGCUGCUGCACCCUCACAAUCACAACUCUAUAGCCAAGUGCAUUCCUA